AUGGCCGAAGAGCAAGAGGACGCCGCGCCGGAGAUCGUGUCAGAGUUCCCGGCGCCGCCCAAGUUCUUCGCUUUGUAUGCGGACGGCGUGAAGAGUGGACCAGCGCCCCCUGAGCCCAUGGAACCCACGUAUCACAUGUUCGGCUCGCCAUACAGUACACAGGACGUUGUGCCCGAUCUGCUGCCCCAGUCUGGCAAGAAGCUGUACGCACCCCAGGGCGAGGACGACGAUAGCGCGCCUGUCGACUGCAAGGCAGAAAUGAAGAAGAUCAAUCGCUCACUACUCGCCAACUUCGUGGAGCUCGUGGACAUCCUCAUCAAGAAACCAGCCAUGUUCAAUGAGAAGCUAGACGACAUGGAGCUGCUUUUCCUCAACAUGCACAACCUCAUCAACGCCUUCCGACCCCAUCAGGCGCGGGAGACGGUAAUUCAGAUGCUUAAGACGCAGGUGCAGGAGAGACGAGAUGCUGCCAGGGACAUCCGUCGCACCAUUGACGAGUCGAGGCAAGCCGUAGAACGUGUGCAUGGAGAGCUGCACGAGUCUACGGACGACGCAACUGCUGCUGACGGAACCUCCCCUGUCGGAACGGAUGACGACGUCAAGAUGGAAAACGCCGACGGGUCGAGGGCUGCAGGCAACGGAGGCGACAUAGCAAAUGCGUCUGCAGUGGCGAGUGCAGCGACGCUCACUCCUGCACAACAGGAACAGGCAGAGAAAGCUCGUGAGGCUAGGCAAAUGCAGGAGAAGUUUUUCGCAGCGCUAGACGCCGCGAUGAACUAA